AUGGGAUGUCAUCGAAUCCCAUUUGAAGUCAAAGGUGCUCCCAUCAGAUCUUCCACCUACGAAAUUGACAUGGCGCAUCGUAUUCAAACUGAAGGUGUUCCUCUCCGUGAACAAUAUACUACGCCUAUGGAGGCAACACUUCUACAAAACAAAUACGAUAACCACCCAGCGGUGGGUGCUAACUUGGCCGCGGUUGAGAAAAAAAUUGCAAAGGAGAAGUGGAACUCCUACCACAUCCACUACCUGCGAUUUGUCUACGAAUUUCUCCCGGGCUUGGUCAUCAAUCCGAUUCAGUGGGUCUUUGAUAAAGGAAAGGGUCGAAUCUGUAUUGAUUGCUCCAAUGGUCCUAAUUUGUUAGGUUCCAUCAAUCUUUACAUUCCAUCUCUGAAAGAUGCUAUUCCCGGUGAGGAGGAUGAAUGCCCUGCAGUGUACUACCAAUAUGCGUUUGAUCGCUUCUUGCGUCAAAUCCUCAGGAUGCGCAUCACUCGCCCCAAUGAUCCCAUUAUGGUCUAUGCUGAUGAUAUAGAAGCUGCAUUUCGAUGA